ACUAUUAAAUCAAGAACUAACUGGGAUAAAUAUAAAUAGAUUUAGGUUUAAACUUUCGGCCUUCGCCGAUGAUCUAACUGUCGGAAUAAGUUCCCUCGAUGACUGGAAUAAAUUCCAUGAACUACUAAAAUUAUAUAAAUCUGCUUCGAAUGCAAAAAUAAAUACAAAUAAAUCUAAGCUUGUCCCGUUGACAGAUAGUGCAUCUCAUAUGAAGCUGCCAGGCGAAGAAAAGUUUAAAAAACUUAAAGAUAAAGAAUCUAUUAAAAUUUUAGGCUUCACUAUUGAUAAGAGGGGACAACCAGGAGAUUUGUGGCAGGAAAUGACUCAGGAUUUUGAAGAAAUUAUUAAAAUAUUAAAUAAAGUAAAACCAUCAAAUGAAAGUAGAAUAUGUUUUGCGAGAUCUUAUAUCUGGUCCAAAAUCUGGUACCCUGCUUCCCUUUUACCUCCCAAUAGAGAAGAAAUAUUGAAAUUAAGUGAUUUAAUAACACAAUGGAUUAAUGUAGAAUCUUCAUUAAAUGAUAUUGAAAUUCCAACGCUUGAAAAUAUAUUAGAUGCUAGAUUUGUAUUAAUCUGGAUAAAACUAUUAACCACCAAUAAUUUAUGGGCAAAUAUAGAGAGGAGUUUAAUAGAAUCAAAAUUAAAAAUGAAUAACCAAUCUAUAACGACACUCACUACUCAAUCA